AUGUGGAUUUUAAAUACAAAUUUUAAAUUUUUUUUAAGCUCAGUGCUGCUUUUUCAACUGUACUCUGUGUGUAAAUGCAGCGAUGACCUCAAACGUAUUGUCGGUGGUUCAGCCACCAGCAUAGCAAAUAUUCCGUAUGUGGUACAAAUUCGUCAAGAUGGCAAUUACAUUUGUGCAGGCUCCCUAAUAAGGCCUCAAUUUGUGGUAACUGCGGCUCAUUGCACGGUCGGUCUCAGGCCCAGCCAGCUGAUUGUUGUGGGAGGAGCAACAACCCUUGCCCAAACGGGGGUAAGGCGGGCGGUUUCCAAAAUUAUAAUGCCACGAGGAUUUUCCAUGAAUAAUUUCAAUAGAGAUGUGGCCGUAUUGAAACUACGUUCACCUCUAACGGGAAGCAACAUUGCCCCCAUAGCCUUAAAUACCCAAGGAUUGACCACAUCCACGUCGCUUCGUGUUUCUGGAUGGGGACGCACAAGCGAGAAUGCCAGCGGUGUUUCCACUCAAUUGCGCACAGUUAUUGUACCCGUUGUAGGGAAAAGUAGGUGUACCGCCCAAUAUCGAGGAUAUAUGGCACUAACUUCAACAAUGUUUUGCGCAUCAGCUCCAGGCAGGGAUUCCUGCUCCGGGGAUUCUGGUGGACCAGCUGUCUCCAAUGGCCAAUUGUCUGGCAUUGUGUCCUUCGGAAGGGGUUGUGCACAACCAAAUUUCCCUGGCAUUUAUACCUCGAUAAGAUCUGUCAGAGGAAUCAUUCAAAAUGCAUUGAGGCAAUAGGACAAUCAUUUCAUAGCAGUAGUUGUAGA